UGGUCGCUUCUGCGUCGCUUCUCCCCUACGUCUGAGGUUGCACAACCAAAACUGCUUCCACUCAAGUGCAAUAUGCUCAAUCCAUUCAAAGCACCGCGCGCGAUGGCAAAAACAACGAACAAGCGCAAGUCGGAAAGCGCUUUACCCAUCGGCAGAAGCAAGCUACGACAGACGGUAAAUCAAGAGGGAUCAGAUUCAGCACAUGAAGACAAUUCCGGUGAUGAGCUCUUCGUCGAGGAUCAGCCCGUUGCCACCAGACACGUGAAAAAGAAGACUCGCCAGUCAGAGCCUGCGCGCCUGGUCAGAGCCGAUGAGUAUGAGGAGGAUGAGGGACGUAUGGAGAGCCAACAGUUUCUUGCUCUGGUUGAAUUUGAAAGCAAGAAGAAACGAAUGGCAGGCAAAGCUGCUGCACAUUACAUGGAUCAGUUUGUGCAGCGCUUGGACGAGGGUGAGCAGGAGCUGAAGAAAAAACUCCAGGACUUGCGCACUGCCGCACCAAAGAAAGAUGAAAAGUUCCUCAAACGUUUCUCAGAGGCCUUCGCAGCAUCUCGACCCCGUCCGCCUCCAGCAAAAGAUGCAACUCAAGGAAAAGAGUCUUCUGAUCUAGCAUUUGUCUCCCUUUACAAGCAAUCCAACAACCUCUCAGUCGCUGCGAAGGACAUCAUUGAAAGGUUCGAGACUGCCAACCAGUUGACUUUGGCUCUCGAUAUAUCUGGCUUGUUGGACAAUGAGUGGGGAGACGAGGAUGAGGAAGCUGCCAAAUUGCUGGGUGUUGGUCGCGAUGUUGGAAUUCACAAGUAUCAGAGCCUUCUAACUACAUCUGCUGAGCCUGCUACAUUCGACGAAGAGGUCACUGCUAUGGCGGAGAUGAUUUACAAGAAGGAUGAGGGUCUGGUUUCUACCGCAUGGGGUAGAAUUGCAAAGAAGCAGGAGAGGUCUGCGAAGAAGCUGCUCAAGUCAUUGCCCCAGGAAGUUGUUUGA